AUGGGCUCAAAGAUAGAAGACGCCCGUCCGUCCGUGACGCUCACACAGGGAACCGUCGUCGGCACGGUCCUGUCAGAGAACCUUCCCCGGCCCGUCGAGGCCUUCAAAGGCAUCCCCUACGCCCUACCCCCGACAGGAGACCGCAGGUUCCGCGCGCCGGCGCCCGUCGAGCCCUCGACCGAGACCAUCGACGCCUCGGAAUGGGGACCCGUAGCCCCGGGCAAGCAGCUCUUCCCCGGCGGGCCGGCGUUCGAGUACAGCGAGGACUGCCUGACGGCCAACGUUUUCCGGCCGCUGGCCGUGCCGCAAAAGUCGAGGCCACUGCUGCCCGUCGCCGUGUACAUCCACGGCGGCGCCUUCAACCGGGGCACGGCCAAGAUGCACAACACGGCCUCGUUCCUGGCCAACUCGGGGCAGCAGCUCGUCGCCGUCUCCUUCAACUACCGCAUCGGCGCCCUGGGCUUCCUCCCGUCCGCCAUGAGCUUCGAGGAGGGCGCCGUCAACCUCGGGCUGAAGGACCAGCUCCUGCUGCUCGAGUGGGUGCGCGAUAACAUCGCCGCCUUUGGCGGAGACCCCAACAACGUCACCCUCUUCGGCAUCUCGGCCGGAGCACACUCCAUCGGCCACAUCCUCAUCAACGACGAGGGCCAGUACAACCCACCCCUCUUCCACAAGGUCAUCCUCGAGUCCGGCGCCCCGACGUCCCGUGCCGUCCGCCCCUAUAACGCGCCCAUCCACGAAGCCCAAUUCGCCGACUUCCUCGCUGAGACGGGCUGCCCGCCGGGCCUCUCCGCCGCCGAGACCUUCCGCCACCUCCGCGCGGCGCCGUCCGAGGUCGUCCAGCGCGCCCAGAUCGCCGUCUUCGACAAGUACAACCCCUCCCUGCGCUGGGCCUUCCAGCCCGUCAUCGACGGCGACGUCAUCCCGCGCCCGCCCAUCGAGUCCUGGCGCCUCGACCGCUGGCGAAAGGUCCCCGUCAUGACGGGCUUCAACCGCAACGAGGGCUCCAUCUACAUCAGCAAGCAGGUCUCGCGCUCCGACGAGUUCACCACCUUCUUCGCCGACCUGCUGCCCCUGCUGUCCAGGGAGGACGUCGCCACCAUCGACGCGCUCUACCCGGACCCCCUCACCGUCGCCGACUCGCCGUACAGGGAACACCUCGACGGCACGGGCGCGCAGUACCGCCGCCUCGAGAUGGCCUACGGGCAGUACGCCUACGUCGCGCCCGUCCGGCAGACGGCGGAGCUCGCCUCGAGGGCCUCGCCGGAGCCCGUGUACCUCUACCAGUGGGGCCUCGAGAGCUCCGUCCUCGACCGCGCGCGCCACGGCGAGAACAUGUACUACGAGACGUGCGAGCCGGCCAAGACCAAGAUCUCCCCCGCGCAAAAGGAGCUGUGCCUGACGCUGAACGCCUACAUUGCUAGCUUCAUCGUCGCCGGCGACCCCAACGCCGUCAGGGGCGAGAGCAGCCCGGACAGGCCGACGUGGGAGCGGUACGUGCCCGAGGACCCCAAGGCCCUUGUGUUCGGCGAGGAGAACAAGGAGCUCAUCGGCGGCGAGCCAGGCGUCCCGGCGCGCUUACACCCGGACACGUGGGCCAGAAAGGAGUCCGAAUUCUGGUGGAGUAAGGUGGACGUAUCACAGCAGUGA